ACCCUAUUUACGGAAAUACCGGAGGACAGGAUUUAUCCUAUAAUGUCGUUAAACAAAUAAAAACAAACUCCGAUUAUACUAGAUCUGAUAUCUUUGAGGUUAAAUUUGAGUCAUGUUGAAUAUUUGGUGACAGGACUGAAAACUUACAUGUCGAAAACAUGUGUUAAAUGUUUAUGUGGGAAAAAAAAGAAAAAUGUGACAAUCAUGUCGUUUGACAAGUUGGAACAUUGGAGCUGACAGAGGUCACCCUGGUGUUGCUCGGCGAUAAGUUGGAACAUUGGAACUGACAGAGGUCACCCUGGUGUUGCUCGGAGACAAGUUGGAGCAUUGGAACUGACAGAGGUCACCCUUGUGUUGCUCGGUGACAAUGUAUCCUGUACAAGGUAUUGAGGGCAAGAGGACUCGACUGACGAGACGUAUAUGUAUUCUGGCCGGAGUGACUUUACUGAUGUCCCUGGUGGCGAUCGUAGUCGGUGUUGUGUCUGUCGCUGUGUCAGGACCAGACUUCCCGUUCAGGGCUGGGGCAGCUAUGAUCGCAGGAAUACCGACAUUUCUGCUGGCAUUAUGUUCGAUGUGUAUGUUCUACGAGGGGACAAAAACGGGUGAAGACGAGACAACAUGUUGCUUUGAUUGCUGUACCAUUCUGAUGGUGAUCUUGUUCAGUAUCGCAAUACUAACUAUCUGUCUCGGCUUUGGUCUUGGCGGAAUCUACGGGAUUGUUGCGUGCACAAAUCAGGCAGAAAGAAUAAAAGUUUGUCUCGAUUCUGCCGAUUCAAAGAUGGCACUCUCUGUUGUGACGAUAAUAAUAACUUUAGUUUUAUUCGUUUUAUCAUUAGCGAUAUUUUUUACCUGCUGUUGUAAUGCAGCAACAUUUGGUAUGCCGUUGCUUGGUGGUUAUUACAACGGACCAGAAAGAUAUGACAGACGAGAAAAUUUCAGACGAGAAAAUUUGCAAGAAAUUGCUAUACAGAAUGCCCUGUCAGAGGCAAGAAGGCAACAGCCUCGUCCGCGCUCACCUGUUGAAAGCAUCAGUUGUAACAUUGAUAUUGGUAACAGAACUAUGACAGAGCCAUCUGCGCCCCAUUUAAGUGUUACCAGACAAGAAAGCUUUGAAGAUAUAGAUACUGGUUCAUUUGAACCUUAUUCUUCCGGUAGAAGUGCGAACUCGUACUCGGACCCACCGCCGUCUUAUGAUGAAGUUACGAAAAAGGAACAGUCCUCCAAAACAGCAGUGUAGUUAAAAAAUUGAUUAUAUCAGAACUUAAAAAUUAGGACAACCCAUAUUGAUGUUGUAAGUCGCUGCAUUAUAAAACUUGACUCACAGCAUUGUAAAGGUCGACAUGCAAUAUUUUAACUUUACCCUGCUAAAUUUCUAAAAUGAAC